UCUCAAAGAUCAUCAAAGGAAGUGCUUGGUUUUCGUGGACUGUGUAAAAGAGAAUUUUGUGUGCCAUGAAGUGGAUUCUUCUGCUGUGCCUUGUCGUGGCACUUUUCGCCGAUUCCCAGCAAUUCUUCCCGCGGAUACAGAAGUCAAAGGAUGAGAUUCAGAAGGAUGCCGCCGAUCUCCUGAUGAAGGAGUUGGAGAAGCAUCGCCAGACUGGCAUCGAGACGCCCAUUCUGAGGACUCUGCUGAAGGUGUUCGAGGUGCCUCAGCAGCUGCUGAAGCUGGAAGGACCUGAGCUGCCCGUUCCCCGCGAUGACGCCAUGUGUGCCCUCUGCAACUCCGUCUUCGGCGCCUUCAUAGAUCGUCGUCGCAUCGACGGUCAGUCGCGCGAUGAGAUUGCCGAGUUCGCGAAGGAGUUCUGCAAAGCUCUGACCAUUUUCCCGCCACGUGUGUGCGACGGAGCCGUCGAUCUGAACGCAGACAUAAUGGUGCACAUCAUGGACAACCGUCCGGAAUUCGACGAGAACCACGUCUGCGCCUACGUCUUCCAGAACCUCGGCUGUCCUGCCGACAUGUCGGCCUUCGAGUGGUCAAUCAACGUGGCUGGGAACAAACCGCCACUCACCGGAGACAAGGACAACACAGUGCCUCAAGGACCCAAUGACAUCAAAAUUGUCCACAUUUCCGAUCCCCAUUAUGAUCCCAAUUACCAGGAAGGCACUCAUGCCGUCUGCGGAGAGCCGAGUUGCUGCCGAUCUGAUCAGCCUCUGCCGCCAGGAACUCCGGCGUCAGAAGCGGCUGGAUAUUGGGGUGAUUACAGGGACUGCGACAGUCCCUUCCGGGCUGUACAGGACAGCUUCCGCCACAUCCGAUCUCAGCAUCCGAACAUUGAUUACGUGUACUUUACCGGUGAUAUUGUCGAUCAUGGCAUCUGGGCGACGUCGUUCGACUGGAACAGGAACAGCAUAAGUCGCGUCCACACGGCGCUUCGUGAGAGUUUCGGCGGAAUUCCCACUUAUCCAGUCAUUGGAAACCACGAAGCUCAUCCCACAAACGUCUUCGCGCCAGAUUCUCUGAGAGGAAAUGCUAUGUUCUCCACUCAGUGGCUGUAUGACUUCCUCGCCAACGAGUGGUCCGCUUGGCUUCCCGCCGCGGCCUUGACCACAGUCCGCAACGGCGGCUACUACACCGUCCUUGUUCGGCCAGGAUUCCGUAUCAUCGCCCUGAACAACAACCAGGCCUACACGUGGAACUUCUGGGGAUUGUACGAUCCACAGUACGCCAGGAAUCAGCUCCAGUGGUUCCACGACACACUCCUGGCCGCCGAGAGUGCCGGAGAGAAGGUGCACGUGAUUGGCCAUGUGCCGUCCGGCAGUGGAGACACUUACUACGUGUACGCGCGCGAGUACGCCAAGGUGGUGGAAAGAUUCUGGAACACCAUCAGUGGUCAGUUCAUGGGCCACACGCACGCUGACCAGUUCACGGUCUUCUACGCCCAGUCGAAUCCCCAGCAGGCGGUCAAUGUGCAGUGGAACGGCGGCAGCACCACGGCGUUCACCGAUGUGAAUCCCAACUACAAAGUUUACACCGCUGAUCCGCAGACUUAUCAGAUCAACGGCCACGAGACGUGGAUCUACAACUUGACCCAGGCCAACCUCACGCCCCAGCUCUAUCCCAGUUGGUUCAAGGAGUACGACUUCAUGACGGAAUACGGCAUCUCGAACAUGAGUCCGGCAACACUGAACGCCCUCGCGGAAUCUUUCGCGAGAAAUCCUCAGCGAUUGCACAGGUAUUGGCAGCUCACGACAUCCCUGGCAGAUACGUCUCUGGCCAACGGGUGCGAUAACAACUGCCUUGCCAGUCAUCUCUGCCAGAUUGUCCGGAAUGUGUUCGGCAACAGCCCGCGCUGUGACCAGCUCCAGAGCAUUUUCUGGUCAACGGUCGGCGGCUCAGCAUAGUGCUUUCGAGGCACGCACACAAACUUCUUCCCAAGAGAUUCAUUAAUAAAGUCAGCGCGUGAUUACAUCAAUUAAUGAUCGCCAAGUGAAACUUUCUCUGUAUUGUUAUCAAAA